GGCGUCUUGGAAUUGGCCUGGGGGGUGGGGUUGGUGAUUCGAGGGACUGGAAGGGGCCUGCCUUGUUUCAGGCCGCACUGGGGUUGCGGCCUCCCUCUCCCGCCGUGUUUGAGGCCAGGCUUGGCCUGGCCUCGGCUCCCAGCUGUCCAUUCCUUUCUCCUUCCCACCUGUUGGGUGGAGCAGUGGAAGGUUUCUUUUCUUAGUUAGACCAAACGCUUCUCUGACGAGUGCUUACGGAGCGCGGGGAAAUGUGGGCCUCCACCUUGAUAUAGGAAGCGUUUUGGGGGUGAGUCUGAAGCCCUUGCUUCCUCAAGAGAUGCAAACCAGUGUGCCGGGACAACCGGGAAUGGAAGGGACUCAGUAGUAGCCGCUAGAGAAUUGGGAGAAUUCAAAUUCUGUUAAUUAAAGCUUGUAGGCGCCUUGUAGGGGCGCGCGCUGCGUGUUCUGACUACACUAGUCACACUUUUAGGACCCUGAGUCACAGCACCUCAAAUACCGGCCAGAGGUUUUGGCGGCACAGGAUAGAAGCAGGAAAAGCAGCCAUUGAAGAUCUUAAUAGGAUCUCUUAAAGAAAUCUAUUUAAAAAUAAUGUUUACCUUUUGUAGGCAGAGACCAACAGUGUGUUUUUCUCGCUUUGAAAUUUAGUAAGUAGUACUGCUCUUUUUAUCGAUGAUAUUAUAAUACCAUAUUAUUUUAUGCCUAUUUUUUAGUUUGGUGUUCAUGUUGACUUCUCUUUAAGGACUUCUUGUUAUUUGGCAACUGAUCCAAUCUGUUCAGAAAUACUUUAAACUUUUUUACAGCUGGAAAGGUUGAAGCUUACAGGGAAGCAUGAAGCUCGUGUUGGAACUUAAGUGUUUUGUAUGAAGCUCGUGUUGGAACUUAAGUGUUUUGUCUCUCUGGGAGCUUAAGUGGAUUGAAAAAAAACAAACAACUGUCAGAUCAUUAACUGAAGACAAAAUAAGCAACUAUGCAAAAUUCUCACAUGGAAGAGUACAGAAAUUCUACUAAUGGCAGCACAGGCAACAGUUCAGAGGUAGUGGUAGAACAGUCUGCUGAUUUCAGUACUGAGAUUAUGAAUGUUACGGAAAUGGAACAGUCCCCUGAUGGAUCUCCUAAUGUGAAUACAUCUACAGAAGAAAAUGAAAUAACAAAUGUUGUGGACCUUCCAGUGACAGAAACGGAAGCAAAUUUCCCUCCUGAAUAUGAAAAAUUCUGGAAAACUGUAGAAAACAAUCCUCAGGAUUUUACAGGCUGGGUAUAUUUGCUUCAGUAUGUAGAACAGGAGAAUCACUUGAUGGCUGCCAGGAAAGCGUUUGACAAAUUUUUCAUACACUAUCCGUAUUGCUAUGGUUACUGGAAAAAGUAUGCAGACCUUGAAAAGCGGCAUGACAACAUUAAACAAUCAGAUGAGGUGUAUCGGCGGGGGCUUCAGGCAAUACCUCUUAGUGUUGACCUAUGGAUACAUUAUAUAAACUUCUUAAAAGAAACAUUGGACCCUGGUGAUCCUGAGACAAACAGCACAAUAAGAGGAACUUUCGAGCAUGCUGUUUUAGCUGCAGGAACAGAUUUCCGAUCUGACAGACUAUGGGAAAUGUAUAUAAACUGGGAAAAUGAACAGGGAAACCUGAGAGAAGUUACAGCUAUAUAUGAUCGCAUUCUUGGUAUUCCAACACAGCUGUACAGUCAUCAUUUUCAGAGAUUUAAAGAACAUGUACAGAAUAACUUGCCUAGAGAUCUGUUAACUGGUGAACAGUUUAUUCAGCUGCGAAGGGAAUUAGCUUCUGUAAAUGGACAUAGUGGUGAUGAUGGUCCUCCUGGUGAUGAUCUACCAUCGGGAAUUGAAGACAUAACAGAUCCAGCAAAGCUAAUUACAGAAAUAGAAAACAUGAGACAUAGAAUCAUUGAAAUUCAUCAAGAAAUGUUUAAUUAUAAUGAGCAUGAAGUUAGUAAAAGGUGGACAUUUGAAGAAGGUAUUAAAAGACCUUAUUUUCAUGUGAAACCAUUGGAGAAGGCACAACUAAAAAACUGGAAAGAAUACUUAGAAUUUGAAAUAGAAAACGGGACUCAUGAACGAGUUGUGGUUCUCUUUGAAAGAUGUGUCAUAUCAUGUGCCCUCUAUGAGGAGUUUUGGAUUAAGUAUGCCAAGUACAUGGAAAACCAUAGCAUUGAAGGAGUGAGGCAUGUCUUCAGCAGAGCUUGCACUAUUCAUCUCCCAAAGAAACCCAUGGUGCAUAUGCUUUGGGCAGCUUUUGAGGAACAGCAGGGUAAUAUUAAUGAAGCCAGGAAUAUCUUGAGAACAUUUGAAGAAUGUGUUCUAGGAUUGGCAAUGGUUCGAUUGAGAAGAGUAAGUUUAGAACGACGGCAUGGAAAUAUGGAAGAAGCUGAACAUUUGCUUCAGGAUGCCAUUAAGAAUGCUAAAUCAAAUAAUGAAUCAUCGUUUUAUGCUAUCAAACUAGCCCGACAUCUUUUCAAAAUACAAAAAAACCUUCCAAAAUCAAGAAAGGUGCUUUUGGAAGCAAUCGAAAGAGACAAAGAGAAUACAAAGUUAUACCUCAAUUUACUUGAAAUGGAAUAUAGUGGUGACCUCAAACAAAAUGAAGAAAAUAUCCUAAAUUGUUUUGACAAAGCUAUACAUGGUUCAUUACCUAUUAAAAUGAGAAUUACAUUUUCUCAGAGAAAAGUGGAGUUUCUUGAAGAUUUUGGUUCAGAUGUUAAUAAGCUUCUGAAUGCUUAUGAUGAACAUCAAACACUCCUAAAAGAACAGGAUUCUUUAAAAAGGAAAGCAGAAAAUGGGUCAGAAGAACCAGAGGAAAAGAAAGCUCACACAGAAGACACAACUUCAUCAUCUACACAGAUGAUUGAUGGUGAUUUACAGGCAAAUCAAGCGGCAUAUAAUUAUAGUGCCUGGUAUCAAUACAAUUAUCAGAAUCCGUGGAAUUAUGGACAGUAUUACCCUCCCCCUCCAACCUGAUGGGAAAAUAUAUCAGAUGGAAUGUAUUAAAAGUAUGAAAUUAUUUUUUUUUAAUGAGGGAUGUAAACAUAGCAUAAGCUUGUUGUAUUUGAUAACUUGUUUUCCUGUUUUCUGUGUAACAUGAUUUGUUUAGUAAUAGGGGAAAAUGUCACUUAGUAGCUUACCACAGAUACUAUUUCCUACCAUUUAUAAAAUUUACUUUUUAUUGGAGAACUAUUUUUUUGAUUUUUUGCAUUAAGUGGUCUAGAAUUCUUUUGCAAUGGAUUUGCAACAGAAAUCCUUUGUAGCCUUAAGGGGUAGGAAAAAAACUGACUGGAAAUCAUGUCAGUGUAGUUCAAGAUACUGAAAAUAUAUAAGGGCUGGUUAUUAAGGAUUUACCUCCUCUGUAAAAAAAAAAAAAUGGAUUUUUAACCUUUAAUGACAAGGUUUUGUCUGUUUCAAUUAUCCUUGUGAAUUUGGAUUUAAUUGCAGAAAAGAUACACUAUUAAAUACUAUGUCUUGGGAUAGAGAUUAUAAAUGAAAAAAUGGAGUGUUUGCAUCCCUUUUAAAAAAUGAAAAUCAUAUCAAAAGUAUGUUGUUUCAGGAGACUUUGUAUUUAGAAUAUUCAUGUAAAACUUGUGAGCAAGCUUUCAUUUUGAUCAAACUGAUCAUCUUCAUUUUUGUAAUAAAACUUAAGACUCCUUAA